AUGAAAGAAUUGAGGCUGAUUCUGUUGCCAAUUGUCGCCCUGCUCGGGUCGAUCGUGAGGGCGUCUAGUGACGAGACGGUGUACUGUAACGGAACCGUCGGUGCAUGUCCCGAUGACAAGCCAUGUUGUUCGCAAUACGGAGUUUGUGGGUCUGGCAGUUACUGCUUGGGUGGAUGUAAUCCAAGAUUUUCUUACAAUUUGACUGCAUGUAUGGCAAUGCCCAUUUGCAAGGAUUCACAGACCAUUUUCAGCAACUAUAGCAGUAAUGUCGCCAACCAGUACACAUUCCUUGGUGAUGCAACGGCCAAUGACUGGAUCUACGAGGGAUCAAUCGCAGACUAUGAUGACGAAAAUGCGCUUUUGUUGACGAUGCCUCAGUACUCGUCAGGUGCGGUGUUGUCGUCUACGAGAUACAUGUGGUACGGAAAAGUGAGCGCACGUAUGAAGACUUCUCAUUUGGGAGGUGUGGUGACAGCUUUUAUCAUGUUUUCCUCUGUUCAAGAUGAAAUCGAUUAUGAAUUUGUCGGAGCCAACUUGACCAAUGUCCAAACCAACUAUUAUUUCGAAGGUGACUUGAACUGGACGCAUUCCAAGAACAUUACCGCUAGCGAUACUUUCGAGAACUACCACGACUACGAAAUCGACUGGCAUGAGGACCAUCUCGACUGGCUAGUGGACGGUAAAGUCGGAAGAACUCUCUACAAGAACCACACCUACAACGCCUCGACCGGAUUAUACGAUUACCCACAAACACCAUCGCGUAUCCAGCUAUCGAUCUGGCCAGGUGGUACCAACGUGAGCUCGUACUGGACAAAGCUAUGGGCCGGUGGUGAGAUUGACUGGAACGCUCCAGAUAUCCAGGAUCCCGGUUACUACUAUGCGACGAUUCAGAGCGUGAACAUCACAUGUUACGACCCUCCCUCCGGUACCAGACGCAAUGGAUCCACUGCGUACAGAUACUUUGACAGCAAGAACUUCACCCAGGCUGGCGUGGCCAUCACAAACGAUACCACGGUUCUCGGCAGUCUGGAGGACAGUGGGUUCAAUCCCGAAAGUGGGAAGUCGUCCUCGUCAUCGUCAUCUAAAUCGUCCAGCAGCACCAGUGCGAAACCAUUUACUACUCAAAGUGCGGCAUCAAGGAGCCGCACCAAGAGUGGAUCUACUGGCACGGGCACGGCUGCCCAGGAAGCCUCUGGCAGCUCCAGCUCUUCGCAAGUCGCUGCUUCCGGCUUUGUUCAGGACAUAAAGAAGAGCUCUUCGAGCAGUGCGGGAGCUGGCGCUCUAAAUGUUGACGCCAACACGCUGCUGCACGCUUUGGUGGCUGUUUUGGGAGCCGCAUUGGCGUUCGUGUAA